AUGGCAACCAAAGGAGUCAAGGGUGCCGUGACUACGGCCAGCAAGGCCACUAUCGCUGGAAAAUACACGGUCCAGCCCACAGGCAUCUGGGCCAAGGUGCAUCGAUUCUUUGCCCUCGAUCCCGCGCGAUCUUCUGGUAUUCCCCUCAACCCGCAGUUCCGCAAUCCACCUCCAGGCGGUAACGACCCUCUCGGCUACGACGACGCAGUCACCACCCCGGCGGGCGACAUCGCCGAGAACCCAUACUGGAAGCGCGACACAAGGAGAUCAUACCCCAAACUAUCCGUUGUAACACAGUCGGAUGUGGUGGGUCUUUUGAGCGUGGGAUCCGCGGCGGCACCCAAGGAGGAUGUCUUGAAGAUUGGAGAUGCGGGAAAGACCCAGCUGGUAGAGGUCAAGGAGGAGGGCGAGAAGGGAUUGAGCGCGUAUUUCGAGAAGAACAAGGGCGUAUUUGCAGGCGUUCUGGGCAAGGACGGUCUUCCGCCAACACCAACCAGCCGACACCCUCAGGGCAAGCGAUACCAGCUUAUUGAGCCGCAGGAGCAGACGUAUGGUGAAGGCUACCCAUGCAGGACUUUCAUAUAA